AUGUCGCGGCAGUGCGACCGUUGGUUGCGGGUGGUUGUCUACGGGUUGGCGGUGACGUUGACCUCCUGCCUGUUUGCAGGGUGGCAGCAGUUUUCGUUGAUCUUGCUCAAGGGUGGGGCGUUUGCCUGGAGGUGUACGGACGGUGUGGAGGAGAACGCGGAGUUGCCGGGUUUGUACACAUGUGCGGUGCAGGAGAAGGCAGUGAAUUCGCUGUUACCGAUCGCCUCAGGUAUUGAGCUGGCAGGGGGCGUGGUUGCGGGAGUUGCGCUGGACUGGGUGGGCCCUAGAGUGUGUGCAUUCUUGGGGAGCACAAUCGGAUUCCUGGCGUAUACCAUGCUCGUGUAUUCGUCACAGAAGCACAACAUGUACGCUGCUGCGCUCGCUGUCUCAGGCAUCGCCAUAAAUCUGAUCGGAUUUCCUGCCCUGACUUUGGAAGACUACUUCCCCAGUGCGGCGGCGACCACUGCCGCUUACGUGAUUGCUUGUCAAUGCCUCAGUUCCGUCAUCCCGCCCGUCAUGUGGCUGCUGUGGAAACACCACCCUGGCUGGACCUUCCAACAACUUUGGUGGGGCUAUUUGCUCGGAAUCUGGAUCCCCAUUUCCAUACCCUACCUCGCCCUUCUGCCUUUCAAAAGGCAUAGAAACCAAGCCAUUGCCCAAGACGCCACCCAAGAACCCUUCUCCGCCAAACGCCUGCUCAAGUACCUCGGCUCCCUGCCAUUCGUGGUCAUGAACCUACUCAGCAUCGUGCUCAUGCUCCAGACCUCCUACUGGCAAAUGAUUUUGAGGAGCCAACUAGGCGUGGCUAUCUCUGAAUUCCUCGGCUACACGAUGCCCACCCAGGCCGUGUGGGCCAUCAUUAUCGGCCGAAUCACUGACUACACGAAGACACCUUUCAUUAUCAGUGUCCUUUUACUCAUGUAUUCCUUGAUCUAUUACCUCGUUCCUGUUGGGAAAGGGAACAUACAAUACUUAUCGGUGAUGAUUUUCAACAUGGCGAUGUCGUACGCCUACACCAUCAAGUAUUCGUUUGUACAGGAAAGGUUCCCUCAGAAGUAUUACGGGACCCUGGUGGGCGUUUCCGGAGCCAUCGGCGGCGGCGGCGUCCUCGCGACCAAUCUGGUCAACUAUUUCGACCGGCCGCGGACGGCGUCGAUUAUACUCGCGUCAGCCACGUUCGUGUGUUUGCCCGCCUGUCUGUGGCUGCACAUGGAACUGAAGCGGCACCGCGGCUGCUCCGAUCAACCCAUUACUCUUAAAUCUGAUGUCCGUGAAAUCGUAAAUGAACACUCAGAUCUCCACGCCCAUCCAGACUGCCUUUCCGCCGAACACUGCCAGUCCGCCUCUUAUGAGCUGCAGGGGCUACUGAACGCUGGAAGCACCGAACGCCCUUCUCCCGGCAACCCGAGGCAAUCCCUACAUGACCACUCAGGAUACCUUGAACACCACCAAUUCUCACAUCAUGUUAACCCACUCGAGCCCCUGUGCACCUCGCCUAGUCACCUGAAACUCGACAUUGACCCCGGAGAUGGACCAACCCCGGAACCAGCCCCGGAACCAACCCCGGAACCAAACCACCAACCAAUGAACCAAUCAAUGAACAGCAUUGCUCGAGACACUGUCGACAAACCAUAA